GGUGACACUCGGGAGAUGAGAGGGAUAACGAAACUAAUAAUCCCACAAAAACCCAAAAUAGAAAAUUAAGUAAUGAAAAAGAGAAGGCAAGAGAAGUCGUCCUCGUUUUCUCCUCUCUUUUUCGCCAUCUGAAACCCGUAAGCAGAGGUCUGAAGCAUACGCCUACAGAUCUUCGAUCAAGAAAUUAGGCGAAGAAGAAGGGGCAGACUAAGCAAAAAUGCUGCCCACGGUAUCAAAAGGGCGUUCUUCUUCCUCUACGUCUCGAGCCAAUUCCAUGUCCCCUCAGUACCUCCGUCGAAUUGUGAAGUGGCAGCAAAUGGAUAUUGAAUAUACUUUUUGGCAAAUGCUUCACCUAUGCUCCUCACCAAAAGUUGUCUAUCAGCAUACUAAGUAUCAUAAACAAACUAAAAAUCAAUGGGCACGUGAUGACCCUGCUUUUGUUGUGAUCUGCAGCCUCCUUUUGGUGGUUGCAACUUUGGCUUAUUGUGCUACGUAUGACCAUAGUGCGACACAUGCUGUAUUUGUGGUUAUUUCAGUAUUGCUUUUCCAUUUUCUAAUUACUGGAGCACUUAUAGCGACGUGUUGUUGGUUCCUUACUAAUGCUUACCUACGGGAAGAGGUUCCAAAUAGUCAUGUGGUUGAGCAACGGGUUGAAUGGCUCUAUGCAUUUGAUGUGCACUGCAAUUCUUUCUUUCCAAUGUUAGUCAUGCUAUACGUUAUACACUUCUUUCUUUCACCUCUUUUGGUAGCCCAUGGUUUUAUACCCUUACUACUAUCGAAUCUACUUUUCAUGGUGGCGGCCUCUUACUACCACUAUCUCAACUUCUUGGGCUAUGAUGUACUACCGUUUCUGGAAAGGACUACAUUUUUCCUCUAUCCAAUUGGGGCUGUCAUUGUCCUUUCUCCCAUCUUGAUUUUAAGUGGAUUCAAUCCUUCCAGAUACGUUAUGAAUAUGUACUUUAGUCAAAGGUUAUGACUUGCUAGGUUAACACAUAGGAUGGAAUACAUUGAAUGAGUUGGGAAACCAAACUCAUAGGUUACAUGAAGUUUGAGGAGUACACACGAGGAAACAUGAAACAGCAUUGCGCGUGGCCGUGAAGUGAGAGUUUAAGGUAGGAAAAUUGUUUCAGUGAUCCAAUUAACUAGUCUAACCAAACAACUGAAUGUAAUGCUUUUGCUCGUAUUUUCAAUUUUGUUUGGAAAAUUAAAGCUGAGUUUCAAUUUGCAAAUAUUUUAUAACAAUGUAGCUAACAGAGUGCAAUUCAUGAGCUUUUUGUUUUUGUGAGAUUCC